AUGAGCGGCUUCAGCUCUCAAAGUCUGUGGAGUACGCUCACUGGUCAAACAACUCCUUCCAACAGCCAGACCGAGCUCCACAAAGAUUGUUCCGCUCUAAUUGAAUCUUUGAAGCUGGAGCGAAACGAAUUUGAGAAAAAGUUAAAAGCAUCGAAAGAUGAGGUUAGCAGCUUGAAGAGGAGUCUCGAAGGGGCUGCACGGAAAUUGAGAUUGACUAGAGGGUAUCAUGAUCAAUUGGAAUUAUAUCAAGGGAUUUUGGUCGAUAGGCUCUCUGUAGAUGUGGGCAAGUUGGAUUCUCAAUACUUCUCGAACACACAAGAAUCCGCAUCAAAGUCUGGAUCCGGGAUAUGUUCGUCUUCAAAAGAAAACGAGAACAACAAGCUGAGUGAUCAUUAUGAGAGUGAUAUUCGCAAAUUGGUCGAUGAUGAGAUUCAAUCGAUCUACAAUUCUGCUAUAGAUCAUUCACUACCUGUCCAAGUUUGUUUAUGGGAAGGUACCAGAUGGCCUCAGGUGGAAAUCACAUCUGAAGAUUUUCCCGCCACGGAAGGAGAACGGAGGUACGAAAUAUCAUUUGGGAACGAUAAUCCGGAGCUUGCUACGGAUAAAGAUUAUGGAUCGACUUUGUCUGAGAUCGUCAAGAGGAGAACAUUGACUUUCGUCAGUAGGAUGUCGGAGGAUGUGAUCAAGAGCCAUCUAUAG